AUGUACUCAGAUAACGGGACGACCUUUGUCGGUGCUGAGAAAGAACUUAAGAAAGCCUAUCAUUCUGCUCUUCGCGACCCUCAAUUUUUAAAUAAAACCGCGUGUGACAACGUUCAGUGGCUGUUUAUUCCGCCAUCCGCGCCGCAUUUCGGCGGGAUGUGGGAAGCCGGCGUGCGUAGCGUGAAACAUCACUUACGUCGCGUCAUCGACAAACAUACCCUCUCGUUCGAAGAAUUUUCGACGCUCUUAUGCACCAUCGAGGCGUGCUUAAACUCGCGCCCUAUCGCUCCCUUGUCUGAGGCUUUCGACGAUUAUGAUUGUUUAACGCCAGGACAUUUUUUGAUCGGUUCGGCUCUCACCGUCGCCCCGGAACCAUCGAUACUUCACCUCAACGAAAAUCGCUUAUCACGUUGGCAGAUCGUUCGUCAUAUGGCCGAACAAUUUUGGAAAAUGUGGGCACAUGACUACGUGAACACAUUGCAACAGCGGGGCAAAUGGCGCCGCCCUCGACCUUCGUUGAAAAUCGGGCAACUUGUGCUCUUGCGCGACACUCUGUUGCCUCCCUGUAAAUGGCAUCUUGGGCGUAUUACGCGCCUUCAUCCCGGAUCAGACGGUCUCACCCGUGUCGUUACGGUGAAAACCGCGAAGUCCGAAUUCCGACGUCCGAUCGGUCAGCUUUGCGUUUUGCCUGUCGAGGGUGAGGCAUCCGAUGAAUAA